AAAGUAGAGUAAGAAAAAGAAGAAGAAGAAGAAAAACAGUAGAAAUGGGUUAUGUAUGAAGGAAAAAAGAAGAGUACAUACAUACACAUUACAUUCUCACUCUCACUAACACUCAAACUGCGUGUGUGUUGUUUGUUGUAAACUUCGCGAAGAAGCCAACAAAUUCUCAAACAAACCCCAAACCCCACUCUUCCCUCUCUCUAUAUCACUUUCUACUUUCACACAUUCUUCAACUCUCCCUUUUCUUUUUCUUCAAUCAAUUCUAAGGCUAUUGACAACAUGGAUUUAGAAGGAAGUGAAAAGGAUUCGGUGCUAACUACUACUCAAGUGAGCAUCGGUGGAUUUGACACGGAUGUCAAAGCUUAUGAUCUGGUGUCAUUCUUGGAAUCUGAGAUCGGAUAUGUAGACAGAUGUCGGCUGAAGACUUCCUGCACUCCUACGGAGUCAUAUCCAGAAUUUAAUAUUACUGAUACUAAACCGAAUGAAAAAACAGAUUAUAAAAAGGUGGCACCUCAUGCCUUUGUGCAUUUUACUUUGGCAGAGUCUGCAACCGAGGCCCUCAAUGCUGCGGGUCGCUGUGACCUAAUAUUGAACGGUUGUCCAUUAAAGGUCAUCUGUGGGCCACAAAAUCCAAACUUCCUGAACAAAAGGAGGCGAACUGCGGCUCCUUUUAAGAUGUCGGAUGUCAUCGUUGAAAUUGGGACUUUGGUUAGCCUAUCGGAUUUUACUGUUGCUUGGAGAGGUCCUACUAAAGGGGUAAACUUUCUAGUGGACCCUUUUGAUAGCAUGUGCAAGCUUUGUUUCAAUCGAGAUGUUGUGUUCUCAAUCAAAGGAAUGGCUAAAAAGGUAGUGAUAAAGUGUGAUUUUAAGGUGGGGUUCUUGGUUAGAGACAUAUUGGAGAUUAAAAGAUACGAUGAUACAUCAUAUCAUGUUGUUUUGUUACAUCUAGCUUCACCACCUUCGGUAUGGUACAGAACUGCUGAUGACGAUAUUGAAGAAUCAGUUACCAUUGAUUUGUUGGAUGACGAUGAUCCUUGGAUCAGAACCACUGACUUUACCCCUAGUGGGGCCGUUGGUCGAUGCAGUUUUUAUAGAAUUUCAAUCCCACCUCGUUAUCGUGCAAAAUUGAAUAAGGCAUUGGAAUAUCUGAGAUGCCAAAGAGUGCAACGGGUUCAGCUUACACGGCCACUUAGGAUACUGAAUGAACCUGAUUUUGGGGUGCCCAUGUCAGAUGUUUUUUUCUACAUAGAUUCUCAGAAGGACAUUUCAUUUGAUAUUAUGUUCUUGGUCAAUGCAAUUGUACACAGAGGAAUAUUCAACCAGUAUAGUUUAUCAAACCAGUUUUUUGAAUUGCUGAGAAGUCAACCUAAGGAUGUCAGCGUGGCUGCCCUGAAGCACUUAUGUACUUACAAGCGCCCAGUGUUUGAUGCAUUUAAGAGGCUGAAAGCAGUCCAAGAGUGGUUGCUCAGCAAUCCAAAACUUUAUCAGAACUCCAAGCAGUGUGACGAUGUUAUGGAGGUUCGAAGACUGGUUGUUACUCCAACAAAAGCCUAUUGUAUAGCCCCAGAAGUUGAAUUGUCUAAUAGGGUCCUCAGAAAAUUUAAAGAUGUUUCAGACCGAUUCUUGAGAGUUACCUUUAUGGAUGAAGGAAUGCAAACACUUAAUGUAUAUGCUCUUAACUAUUAUGUUGCUCCCAUUGUGAAGGAAAUCACAUCAAAUUCCUUUCCACAGAGGACGAGAAUACAUAAAAGGGUCAAGACAAUCCUGGAAGAUGGGUUUUACUUUUGUGGCCGAAAAUAUUCAUUUUUGGCUUUUUCAUCAAAUCAACUUAGAGAUCGUUCUGCAUGGUUUUUUGCCGAAGACAGAAACAUAAGAUGUAAUGGUAUAAGAAGUUGGAUGGGAAAAUUUAAUCAGAAGAAUGUUGCAAAGUGUGCAGCUAGAAUGGGACAGUGCUUCUCAUCUACGUAUGCAUCAGUGGACGUUGCUGCAAAUCAAGUUAACUCGAUGCUACCAGAUAUUGAGAGGAAUAAUUAUGUUUUUUCUGAUGGCAUAGGUAUCAUCACUACUGAUCUUGCGGAUGAAGUAGCUGAAAAAUUGAAAUUAGACAAGGUACCCUCCGCUUACCAGAUCAGGUAUGCUGGUUUUAAAGGGGUUGUAGCCUGUUGGCCUUCUAAAGGAGACGGAAUCAAACUUUCUUUGAGGCCCAGCAUGAACAAGUUUCAGUCUACUCAUACUACCUUGGAAAUCUGUGCCUGGACUAGGUUUCAACCUGGUUUUCUUAACAGGCAAAUUAUAACAUUGCUUUCAGCUCUGGACGUGCCUGACGAAAUAUUCUGGAAAAUGCAGGAGAGUAUGAUUUCAAAGUUAAAUCAAAUGCUUCUGGAUGCAGAAGUGGCCUUUGAUGUUCUUACGAAGUCUUGUGCUGAGCAUGGAAAUGCUGCAGCAAUAAUGUUAAGUUGCGGCUUCAGUCCCAAAACAGAACCUCAUCUUAGAGGCAUGCUAAAUUCUAUCCGUGCUGCACAGCUUUGGGGCCUUAGAGAAAAGUCUAGAAUUUUUGUUUCAUCUGGGAGAUGGUUGAUGGGUGUUUUAGAUGAGUUGGGUGUGCUUGAACAAGGGCAAUGCUUUGUUCAAGUUUCUACUCCUUCUCUUGAAAAUUGUUUCGCUAAGCACGGCUCAAGAUUCUCAGAGACAAACUCCCUGCAUGUGGUUAAAGGUCUUGUGGUGAUAGCCAAAAAUCCAUGUCUUCACCCUGGAGAUGUGAGAGUUUUGGAGGCAGUUGAUGUCCCGGAUUUACAUCAUUUAUAUGAUUGUCUUGUUUUCCCUCAAAAGGGCGAAAGACCCCAUACAAAUGAAGCUUCUGGAAGUGACCUUGACGGGGAUCUGUAUUUUGUCACAUGGGAUGGAAAUCUCAUUCCACCCAGUAAAAGGAGCUGGACACCUAUGGAGUACACUGCUCAAGAAAGCCGGUUUCAACCACGGCAAAUCACUAUCCAGGACAUCAUUGAGUUUUUUGUCAAAAACAUGGUGAAUGAGCAUUUGGGUUCAAUCUGUAAUGCACAUGUGGUACAUGCUGAUUCUAGUGACUAUGGUGCUUUGGAUGAGAAAUGCAUACACUUGGCUGAGUUAGCAGCCACUGCUGUUGAUUUUCCAAAGACUGGCAAGCUUGUCGCAAUGCCUCCUAAUCUGAAACCCAAGCUGUACCCUGAUUUUAUGGGGAAAGAACACCACCAAUCAUACAAGUCCAAAAAAAUCCUGGGCAGACUUUACCGGCGUAUCAAAGACGCGUAUGAUAAAGAUAUUGAUGCACCUGAAGUGAACUGUGUGUCUGGUGAUAUAAAUUAUGAUACAGAUCUUGAGGUUCCAGGAUCUGCUGAUUUUAUUGAUGAUGCAUGGGAACAAAAGUGCUCUUAUGAUGGCCAGUUAAGUGGGUUACUGGGUCAGUACAAAGUGAAAACUGAAGAAGAAGUUGUCACCGGACAGAUCUGGUCCAUGCCUAAACACAACAGUAGGAAGCAAGGAGAACUUAAGGAGAGGCUGAAGCACUCAUACAGUGCUCUCAAAAGAGAAUUUAGGCAAACCUUUGAGAAACCGAAUUCAGAUGUUGGAGAGUUAAGUGAUGAAGAAAAAAAUUUGAUGUAUGAACAGAAAGCUUCUGCCUGGUAUCAGGUGACAUAUCAUCCUAAAUGGGUAAAAAAAACCCUGGAUUUGCAAAUUAAAUCCUCAGAUGAUCAAGAGGCAGAUAGUAGUUUGAGGAACGUGAUGUUGAGUUUUCCUUGGAUUGCUGUUGAUUACCUUGCUCGCUCAAAGAUAAGGAAUCGGAAAGUUGGAAGUUUUGAUUCAACCAAGCCGGUUGAUUCGUUGGCGAAAUAUCUAUCUGAAAGGUUAUAGUUCUAUGUCGCUCUAUCAUGGCUACAAGGCCGCUCUGCCACCAUCAAUAGGUUUUCCUUUUGGCAUUCAGUUACUUUAGUUGUAACGUGUUAUAUAUAUUUUUACUUACAUUACCUGCAUUUGCUUUUGAGAGUUAAGAUUGUAACAAGUGUUCUUGAUACUUUCGAUUGUAAUCUAGCCUCGUGUUAGGCUUGUGAUUAUAAUGCUGCUGUGAAACUUUCAGACUUUCAGUAUGUAAAAUUAGUAAAUUACAACUUCCUUGAA